UUUACUGUAUUCUAGAUCAAAUAAAUGCAGCGUUGAUGAGCAUAAGAGACUUCUUUCUAAAACAUUUUAAAUAAAUCCUCCUGGACAUGUCUGAAUAGUACAUAACUUGCUCAUAUUCCUUUUUUGAGCCUCAUGAAAGAAAAAAAUACAGUGUACACAGCACAGUAUGUCUUCAGAGUCAUUAUGAAGUGCUCUUGUGCAUUAGUGCUGAUCAAGAAGGGCUUUCCCUCUCUUUUAGGUACUUCUUAACACCAGCAGUUGUCAUGGGAACAUCUCUGAGAUUUGCCUGAGAUCCCCAGAGCCCAAAAAAGCAUUUCCUCCAUUUGCAGAUGAUGUAAAAACACAAACUAGCACUAUGUACAGUACACCCACACUCAUAGCUGCCACAGGAAGACCCUCCAUCAUGAUUCCCAGAAGCAGCAGAUGAUGGAGAUGUGAUGGUGAUGGUGACAGCAGCCGUCCCCUUCUGUCUAAAUCAGUGUGUGCUCCGAUGAUUGCUCUUUGGGCUGUGCUUAGCUCCAGGGGAUGUGACUGUCCAGUGUGUGCAUGUAUGUGAAGGUCUUACAGAGCAGGGCUCCUCUGACCAUCAGUCUCUCAGCUGCUCGUCACGAAUAAACCAGUAAUGACAGAGACGCACACUUUUGGGGAGAGGAAGGAGACCUGUAACCAGUCGAGUCCCAGCAAGAAACCUACACCGGGACCACUUAAGGGGUUCUUGGAAGCUCUGGGAAAACUGCAACAGAAAUUCUAUCCCAAAGGUCAGCGCCUGGACUGUCCCAUCCGCACCUAUUUGGUUACAGCUUGCAGUGCAGCCAGUUCAGGCACCCGGGCCCUCAAGACAUUACGUUCCUGGGGUCUAGAGACAGAUGAAGCCCUCUUCCUAGCAGGAGCCCCUAAAGGCCCCAUGCUGGAAAAGAUCAGACCUCACAUCGUCUUUGGUGAUCAAAUGUUCCACGUGGAGGGAGCAGCAGAACUUGGGACGGUGGCGGCUCAUGUUCUCUAUGGAGUUGCCCAGAAGUUUCAAUCAAAGACAGUGAGGGAUGUAAAAAAAGACACGUCAGUCAAGCAGCUAGAGUGAAUACUGCUCUGUCUAUCCGGGGUGCGACGAGUGAUCCAUUUAAAUAAGGUUUUUAAAGGGAUAGUUCACCCCAAAAUGAAAAAACCUCAAGUUGUUCCAAACCUGUAUGAGCUUCUUUUUUUCUGUUGAACAUAAAAGAAAAUAUUUUGAAGUAUGUUGGUGAUCAAACAGUUGAAGGUAGCCAUUGACUUCCAUAGAAUGGAAAUACUAUGAAGGUCGAUGGCUACCAACCAAUUUUGUCACAUUGCAAAAAAGAUAAACAAACUAAGAAUAAAAUAAAUAAAGUUUGUCAGUGGCAGGCCCUCUGCACUGAACAUCAUAGCUUUGAAAUUGUUUACUAAGUUAUAUCAAGCCAUAAAUAAACAGAGAAAGAAAACUGUUAAAUAUUCAAUAGGUGGUAUACUGCUCAACCCCAAAAUGAAAAUGUUGUCA